AUGCACUUUGAGACGUACGAAGACUGCUUGGCCACGCUACCUGUAGUCCUGAACGCAACUGCCGCCAUGCCGCCCGUCGUUCCCACUGGCGGGGGGUACGUUCGGUCGAUCUACAACGGCAACCUCUCGAUCGGCGGUGUGUCAGCGCAGUUCUUCGUCGAGGGUCUCUCGUCGUUUGGGUUUCCACCAAACUCGAGCCUAUUCGACAUGUACACGAGGUCGUUCUUCGCCCUGCAAGCCAUGCCGCCUGCGACCUCCCCGUGGUCGUGCGCAGUCGACGCCUCCAACUACUUUGCCAACGGCAGCGUCAUCCCGGGGUCGUCGAUCGAUAUCUUUUUGACCAAGUACAUGCCCAAGAACCUUCUCACCCGUACCAAGUCGCCGUAUUGCGUGUUUCCAGCGCCAGCACUGCUCUGCAACGCGUACUAUGCUCUUGGCCCGCACACGUGCUCCAAAACAACGCAGAUUCGCCAAACCUGGACCCAAGUCUUGGGUAGCUCGAUCGCGAACGCGUGGGCACUCCUCGGUGCGCUCACGACAGGUGUCGCCUUCGUUAUCAAGCGCUGCUGCUCAGCCGCGCAGCCCGUUCCGCAACCAGCCACCGUCUCGAUUCAAGACGUCGAUAUCGAAGUCGGCCCCCAAGCAGUGCGAGGCGCGACAUGCUCGUCGUCGAGUACGUGCAACUUGAACGUCAAGUGCUCGCUGCCAUUGACGCAGCUCAGCGUCGGUGACGCGACUACGUGCCAACAAGCAAGUACAACUUCGCCUUGCUUGUCCUGCGCCGGUGUUGGCCAGCAGUGCUACAACGCCCCCGAGUGCAAAGAUUCGCUCUUUUACUGCGAGUUUUUGACGGCAGCCCAAGUGGCUGCGCUGCCAGCAGGUCACCCGUGUCUGUCGACGGCGUGUCAACUGAGCAAGCAAAGUCCCGCGUGCAUUGCUUCGACGUUCCAAGCGUGCUGCGUGCCGGGCACACCGGGCUGCACCCAAACGGUGGCCACUUCGGGCUGCACGCCGAGCGGGUGCAGCUACUUUAUGGGGCAGCCGACCAUCACGCCCAACUACUCGGCGAUCGCGUGUCCAUUUGCGGAUGCGUCGGCCACGUGUGCGACGCCGCAGUGCAACGCGUCGUCCAUCUUUCGCCAGAUUGUCAACGUGUUUGCGGCCAACAUUGGCUGCUCGGGCAGCUUUUGCAUUCCGGCGCUCAUUCCUGGCGUGUGCGCGGCCGGCGUCAGCCUCACGGCGUCGACGACCGCGUCGUUUCCGGGCUGCACCAACUACUUGGUGGACUAUUGCAAUAAGAACCCUUCCGAUGUCGGCUGCCACCAAGUGUGUCCGUACAACUGCAACCUCCAAGCCAACUGCCCGUGCAAGUCGAGUGCGUGCGCGGCCGUCAACGCGGCGCCGCUCUGCGUGCGCAACACUGGCGUCUGCGCCAACUUUCGCAAGCUCUUUGUCAACGCCAUGUUUACGCAGCGCUACUUCCAACCCGCGUCCGACAACUUGGCGUACGCCAAGAACCGCGCCGGACCGCCCACGACGCCGUUUCAGUGGUCGGCCAGCCUCACGCAGGCGCGCGUCGACUGCAACGCGCUCGUCACUGACCUCGGCGACAACAUUGCGUCGUGCGUCACCACGUCGUUUGCCUACUGCAACGCCAAUCCGUGGGACCCGGUGCGCUGCGUCAUCCAUAUAUGGAUAGUUCGUUGA